AUGACUACAACUCCUACGAAAUCUAAAGGAAAGAUAGAAAGCCUCCCCAGCCUAGACUUGGAUUUUGAUAUCAAUGAAGACAUAAGUCCAUCUCAUAAUAUUAGAUCACCAUCAGGACAAGCAUCACCUUCAUAUAUCAACUCAUCUACCUCUCAGAUUGAUGUUCCAUUUCCAGAUAUGCCAAAUUACGACGAUGAUGACGAAAUUCCACAUGAUAUAUACUCACCACAAACUCCAACUUCUCCUUAUGGUGUCAAUCAUGUAUCAAGUUGGGCAUCAACAUCAUCAUUUGAUGGUGAAAUCGAAAAAUUCUUUACAGAUAUGGCAAAAGAAUCAACUGAUAACCCAGAAAUAAGUCUUUUAAUUUUAAAUACAUGGAAUGAACUAUCCAAAUCAGCUCCAGGCCAACCUGGUGAAUUGUUAGCCGAAAAAAUCAAUUCCAUUCCAGAGGAUUCACUAUCUCCGACACUAUUAAAUCAAAUCUUCUCACAGCUUGAUGAUAUCAGGACAACUAUAUCAUCACCAAUAACAGCAUGCUUAUUCUAUCAAUCCUGUCUAACUUUGUACCAAAAAUUACCAAAAACUACAAUUCUUGGCGAUUGUUCUCUCGAUUUGUUCAGAGAAUCAAUAAUUACUGCAUGCACUAUUAUAGGAAACGAAAUAGUUGAUUUGUACAUCAAAGCAAUUCAAUUUCCAGUUGAGUCAGAAAGAUUUUCGAAAAUAGAAAACAAACUCAUCGAAAUACGCAAACGUUUUAAGACUCCUUCAGAAGAAAAGCUGUUUUCAUGCGUUAGAGAGUACAUAGAUUGUCAUUUAAGUAAUACUGUGAUAAUUAAUCAUCUUUGUGAAAAUUUAUUCAGCGCAAGUAGGAUGAAUACGAAUAUUUCCGAAAUAGAAGCCCAUACAAAGAUAAAACUCCUCAAAUUCCAGGAACUUAUAUUACUUGUUCUUGCUAAUAACGCAAUUUUGGCUGAUCCUAAAGUUUAUCGGGAUUUUGCACCUCAUAUUGAACCAAACUUGGCGUAUCUGAUACUUUGCAAUAUACAUCCUGAUGAUUUGCAGCCAGAAAAAAUUGAUUACAAAUUAAUCGAAAGAUUUAUGAAUACUUAUAAGAUAAAUCUUAAUGUUAAGCAUGAAGAUAUGCUUCUCAAGAUCGAAAACAUUGAAAUCAGUGAAUGGGACUCAAUCCAGAUUUAA